AUGGUAAAACGAACCCAAAAAUUUCUCUUGAAGCUCUUGAAGCUCAGCUCUCUCUCUCUCUCUCUUCUCUCUUCUCUCUCUUCUCUCUCUCUCUCUCUCUCUCUCUCUCUCUCUUCUCUCUUCUCUCUCUCUUCUCUCUCUUCUACCUUUCUCUUUCUCAAACCAAAAUUAAAUUUUGAAAAGCCAGAGGGAGAGCGCUCAGCCAUGAGCAUGGACAAGCUUGUGGGCAAGCUUGAAUCAGAGAACAUGUGUGGGGAAAUGGUAACAUCCAUGGCUUUAAAACACGCCGUUGGUGUGGUCGACUGCUUCCUGUGUGUGCUCGGAUCAGUCAGUCAGGCCCCUUUCUCUCUUUUUUUAACUCUCUCUCUCUCUCUCUCUCUCUCUCUCUCAAAAUCUCUCUCUCUCUCUCUCUCUGAUCUCUCUCUCUCUCUCUCUCUCUCAUCUCUCUCUCUCUCUCUGUGCAUGACCGUUGCUCGUCUCUCUCUCUCUCUCUCUCUCUCUCUCUCUCUCUCUCUCUCUCUCUCUCUCUCUCUCUCUCUCUCUCUCUCUCUCUCUCUCUCUCUCUCGCUCUCUCUCUGUGCGGAGGGCACUGGACGUGACGGGCACGAUCGUCGGCGUUCGGCCUUCUCAUCACCGGGGGACUGCUUGUUUGGUUUGUUUGACUGCCUGAUCUUCUUCCUCAUUGGCCCCAGCGGCGGCAAGUACAGCGCCCUGAUGGCCAGGGACGUCGAGGGCUCUGAUGACGGCAGUGGCGGCGGCGUAGCCCUGAAGGAGGAGAUUGCCUCGGCCCUUGAGCGUCGCAUCGUCCAGGAUGGGGCCCUCAUCAACACUGACCGGUUGACCGACGAAAUCUUCGCCAAACUCGAAGACCGCAUCAGCGAGAAUCUGGAAGCCCGCAUCCAGGACGCCAUCGUGCGCAUGUACGCCACCAUCUCCAACCACUCAAACUACACCGCCGCCCUGCACCUCAAAGAUCUACCCGACACCAAGGGUCAAACCGGUAGCGCCGGAACCUCCGCCAUCAAACCCUCGCCCAAGCCCGUCACCAAACCAAGCGUCACAGAGAUUCGCUGGGCUGCCGGUGCCCGCAGCCAGCGCUGCAUCGACAUCAACCCGAGCUGGGAUGGCCAUGCCCGGGCCUGGAACUGCCAGGGCGCCUCCUCCAACUACCAAAAGCUCUUCCUCACCCCCGACUCACGCAUCGAGUACGCCGGCCGCUGCCUCGACGCCACGGGCGUCAAGGCCGGCGGGGAGGUCCUAGUCAAAGACUGCUCAAAAGCACCGGCUCAAUAUUGGAGCUAUGACCCCAUUGACGACCGUGGUCUGCGCGCCACCGCUGCCCUCGCCAAUACCGACACGGGCCUCUGCCUGGACGUGCAGGAUGGCUCCUAUCCAGAAAAAAUCAUCAUGACCAAGUGCGACCGCUCCUGUCACCAGCUUUGGCACGUUUCGGACGACCAACGCGUCAUUUACGUUCGCAAACAAGCCUCCCUCGACUACAACCGCCUGGUCCGCAAACGUGAACCUGUCGUGGCCUGCUGGAUCAACACCCACGAAUCCAACUUUGACACCAAGGCCCGCGCCGUCAAUAACACUUGGGGCCAGCGAUGCAACUACCUGCUCUUCAUGGCCACCACCGAUGCAGACGACCUGAACGUCGUCCUCAUUGACAUUGGUGGCCAACCGGAAACCCGCAAUCAUCUCCGUGUCAAAUCCAAGGCGGGUUGGAUGUACAUGUAUGAAAACUAUCUCGACAAGGCCGAUUGGUUUCUCAAAGGUGACGAUGACUCGUAUGUCGUCAUGCCCAACCUCAAGGCACGUUGUUCCGCCUGCGGCUCCACUCUCUAUUAUUCCGGAGGCUCCACCAUUAUCCUCAGCCACGAAGCCUUGAAGCGCCUCGGUGAUGCCACCAAGGCAGGAACUCGCUGGCCUGGCUCAGACACGGGCCAAGCCGAGGAUCUGCGCAUUAGUCAGAUGCUUGUCAAGCUCGGCGUGACCACAGCCGAUACGCGUGAUGAGGAGGGCAAGCAUCGCUUCAUGGCACUGGGUAUCUCCUCUGAACGUGGCUUGGCCAUUCCCAAAGAUCGCGAGGCCUCCAAGUUUUGGUUCUGGAAGUACUCUCAAGAUACCAGAGGAGGGGUCGAUUGCUGCACCAACAAGUGGGUCGCCACCCAUUACACCAAAUAUUACGAAAUGUAUGCACUCGAUGCCAUGGAGCGCAGUCAGUGCGUAGGCGAUACGACGCAAUGGCCCUUUUUGGAGCUGCCGAUCAAAAUCUGACUGUGAAUUGCCCCGAUUGCCGUGGUGGAGCUGCCUCGUCGCCCAGGCUUCCCCAUUACCUUCUGUCCCUUUGUAGCCUUCACGUUGCCCUGGGCCCUGUUUUUUUACCAUGCCGUCGUCUGUCCUCUUCUUGCUGUUGUCCGCGCGUGUCAUGGAAGCCCGCAAUUAUAUUUUUCUUGAGUUCUUCACUGGUAUUGGCUUCUGCCUUGCCAUCUGCAUUUUUCAGACUUGUUUGUUUGCUGUUUCGAUCCGUCUCUUGAGUCAUCCUGUUUCAGUGUCAGUUUAAUUCUGACUUGUUUUUGUCCAUUUGAUCCCCAAUUCAGAGUGAUGAG